GAUAGGCUACACUUUAUGCAACAGUGCUCAUUAAUGGGCAAAAGAUUACGGCGCAGUCAAUCUAUUUUAGUCUACUAAAGCUUAUUAGCGGACUAGACUGUAGUGCGAGAGAGAGUGGAGGUGACUCCUGGGUGAGACUGAUAGAUAGCGGAUCCGAGUAUAACUGCAUAGCGGAGCGCGUUUCUCUCCUCGGGGCUCGCGUUUCCCUGAGGUUGUUGCACCACUCUCUAGGUCCUUCUCUCCCCGACUAUCUCGCCCUAAACUCUUUUCGGCUGGACUCGCAAAGACAGACGGGCUGACAUACUGUAGCGAGGGGGACGGAUCCGGGUUCACCAUGUUGACUUUGUUGACAGCGAUGUACAUAGUGGUGCGCGCGGCAUCGUCGGAGGCCGACCCAAUCCGUGUGCUGGUGACUGGCGCUGCUGGACAGAUCGCCUACUCUCUGCUGUACAGCAUCGCCAAGGGAGAUGUCUUCGGCAAGGACCAGCCCAUCAUCUUGGUCCUGUUGGACAUCCCUCCCAUGUUGCCGGUUCUGGAUGGGGUUGUGAUGGAGCUGCAGGACUGUGCUCUCCCACUCCUGAGGGAGGUCAUCCCCACCGACAAGGUGGAGCUGGGCUUCAAGGAUCUGGACGCAGCCAUCUUGGUGGGCUCUAUGCCCAGGAAGGAGGGCAUGGAGAGGAAGGACCUCCUGAAGGCCAACGUGGCCAUCUUUAAGACCCAGGGGGCUGCCCUGGAGAAGUACGCCAAGAAAUCCGUCAGGGUCUUGGUGGUGGGAAACCCUGCUAACACCAACUGUCUGAUUGCCUCCAAGUCCGCCCCCUCCAUCCCCAAGGAGAACUUCUCCUGCCUGACCCGUCUAGACCACAACAGGGCCCGUUCCCAGGUGGCGAUGCGUUGUGGCGUGCCCGCCGACGCAGUCAAGAACGUCAUCAUCUGGGGCAACCACUCAUCUACCCAGUACCCCGACGUGCACCACGCCAUGGUCAACGUGCAUGGCAAAGAGGUGGAGGCGUACAACGCCGUGAAGGACGACAGCUGGCUCAAAGGAGACUUCAUCUCUACGGUGCAGCUGCGUGGUGCCGCCGUCAUCAAGGCCAGGAAGCUCUCCAGUGCCAUGUCUGCCGCCAAGGCCAUCUGUGACCACAUGAGGGACUGGUGGUUCGGCACUCUCGAUGGUGAGUUCAUGUCUAUGGGUGUGUACGCUGGUGGAAACUCCUACGGAAUCCCCGAAGACCUAAUUUACUCAUUCCCUGUUCAUAUCAAGAACAAGUCGUGGAAUAUCCAUGACGGUCUGCCUAUCAACGACUUCUCCCGCGCCAAGAUGGACGCCACAGCCGCCGAGCUGGUGGAGGAGCGAGACACGGCCCUGUCCUUCCUGAGCCAGUGACUCGCAGUGCCACCUACAGGCACACCGCCACAACAGCAGCACUUAGAAGACCCCCAGAACCCUCCUGACUCACGUCUGUGACCAAUACCCCCACUCGAGUCCCCUGCACAAUUGGCGUGUGUGUGUACCUCUCUGUAUGUAUGUGUGUUUAAGGUAAAGGUUAUUUUAAUAAUAAACCUGUAAUAAAAAAAUGCUAUCUAAACGUUGGCCUUUGUCAGAAGACACUGGAGGAUUGUCCUUUGGGUAGAUGGUAACGCACAAUAGUUCUACUGUACUUGUACAUGUUAUCUAACAAUAAAAACAGAUACAACUGAAAACCCA